GUUUUUGUUUUUUUCUGUUCUGUUUUGUUGGCAGUUUGAUUUUCUCUUUGUUUAUUGUUAAUUAAUUAAUUUGUUUUUGAUUUGUUUUGAUUAAUUCAUAGUUUAAUAGAGAGAGAAAGUGUCUAUUCGAAUAUUGUACAAUGGGUGCUGAUCCGUUGUUCGAAAUGAGAAAUGCCUUCUACAUUGGUAACUUUCAGAAUUGUAUCAAUGAAGCUCUCAAAUGCAAAGUGAAUUCUGAAGAAAAAGAUAUUCUCAUGUAUCGUUCUUAUAUUGCUCAGAAAAAGUAUGGUGUUGUUCUGGAUGGAAUCACCUCAACAGCCUCAUCGAAUCUUCAAUCGCUUCGUCUUCUUGCCAUGUACCAUUCAGAGAAAGAUGUUGAUGCUAAGGCUUCAAUUGCUGAGAAAAUUUUCUCAAUGGCAAAUUUUGCUAUGAAUUCGGAAAAUGGUGAAGAUUAUGUUAAACUGUUGGUCGCUGCUAUUGUUCAUUGUAAUGAAGCGGUUUCUUUAAGAAUUCAACCUGAUGCUGGAUUAAGAGUAUUACAUGCUUCCGAUCAUAUUGAAUGUAUUGCUAUGAUGCUUCAAAUUUACCUAAUGUUGGAUCGGGUUGACCUUGCACGUAAAGAAUUGAAAAAGAUGCAAGAGAAAGAUGAAGAAGCCACUUUAACCCAACUCGCUCAAGCCUGGAUCAAUAUCUAUGUUGGUGGGGAAAAGUUUCAAGAGGCUUAUUACAUUUAUCAAGAAUUGUCCGAUAAAUAUGGACCAACUCCUCUUCUUUUGAAUGGAAUCGCUGUUGCCCAAAUUGGCCAAGGAAAAUAUGAGGAAGUUGAAUCCAUUUUACAACAAGCACUCGAAAAGGAUAACAACAAUCCGGAAACAUUGAUCAAUCUAAUUCAUGUUUCUCAUCAACUUGGAAAACCACCUGAGGUUUGCAAUCGAUUCCUCAGUCAACUCAAAGAUUCCAACAGCAAACAUCCUUAUGUUAGUGAUCUCACAUCAAAGGAAAAUGAAUUUGAAAGGCUGACAAAACAAUACACUUUACAAUUUGAAUGAAUUUCCAAGAUAAAUCCAGCAAUCAAUCAACAAAAAUCAACAACAACAACAACAACAACAUAAUUCAAAUUUAAUUUCCUAUUCACAUUCUGCUGAUUUGUUUGAUUCUUUUGUAUUUCAAGUUUUUUUUUUCUAAUUGUCAAGAAAGAUUUUACAAUCUAUUCUCAUGCUACAAUUAAGCAACACUUGAAUUUCAACAGAUUCUAAUUCAACAAUCAGAGAGAUCAUUUUCUUAAAAAUAUCGGAAAGUAACAUAAAAUUAAAUUGAUUGUAAUAAUCAAUGAUGAUGCCACCAUCUUCAAUUAAUCCAACCAUCGCCUCCACUAAUAACCAAGUCACUGAAAGAACGGAAAACAACAAUUAAUUGAUUACAAUCUGAAUCUUUUCUUUUUCUAAUUAUCUAUUCUGAAUGAUUAACAUAACUUUUUAUAUUUUAAUUGCGGAGAAUAUUUUUCUUUUUUGUUUAAAUCAGUUCAUAGUUAAAUGUAACUCACGAUAAAUCAAAAUGAGUUGAACUAAAAAUUAAGAUCAAUCAACUAAAUUGUUACCAAAUCAAAUUAAUCUUAAUAGUCUUUGAUUUUAGCUGUUUUAUCUUGGAAUUAAAUUAACUAAGGAAUCGUUUAAUUGUAACAAAAAAAUCUCUUUUCCAUCUAAAUGAUUAACUAAAUUCCAGUGAAUAUGUUAACAUUAGAUGAUUAAUUCUUACAAUUUAAUUUUACAACAAAAAUCUGUAACAAUUAAUGAAUUAAAACUUAUAUUUGAAAAGUGUAA